AUGAAUGUCUGGACGGAGCAUCGUAACCCUGAAGGUCGGACGUACUGGUUCAACACGGGCACCCGGGAAAGUGUUUGGGAGAAACCAGAUGAUCUGAAGACUCCAUUCGAGCGUGCAUUGAAUCAGACUAAAUGGAAAGAGUACUUCUCUGGAGGACGGAAGUAUUACUACAACACUGAGACAAAGGAGUCGAAAUGGGACAUGCCAGACGAGUUGCUACUUUUGCUUGAAAAGGUCGAGAAGCAAGGGACCGCUGCUCAGCCAAACAACGCGCUAAUCACAACCGGAACUUCGGGGACAAACCCCUUGCAAGGUGCCAGUAACCCUUUGGGUGGCAGUGACACCUCCUCACAAGCCGGUUCUCAGCAGCAAGUCAAUGGCCAGGGCGGUGCGGACCUCAGUGUUGGCCAGCACACUGGCGGACUUCCGUUUUCCGCAAACAGCGUUCUGCCUGCGAAGCCGAACCUCCCUGAGGAUCCUGUGAUCCCGCACAACGGCUUUGCUACCGUCGAGGAGGGGGAGAAGGCGUUCACGCAUCUUUUGAGGAAAGCAGGUGUCGAUGCCAAUUGGACUUGGGAUCAGACUAUGAGGGCUAUCAUUACAGAUCCGUUGUACAAAGCCCUCAACACUUUGGCUGAGAAGAAGACCGCAUGGCAAAAAUACACCGACAGUCUUCGUCAGAAGGAGGAAGAAGAACGUAAUGCCAGAUUGUCAAAGUUACGUCCCGCCAUUCGAAACAUGCUCAAGGGAAACCCGAAUGUCUUCCAUUACACGACUUUUGCCACAGCGGACAAACUCUUCGCUCAGCACCCCAUCUGGCAACAGGCAAGGGUUGAAGCUGAGAGGCGGCUGAUAUUCGAAGAGUAUGUGGCAGAGCUGAAGCAACGGGAAAUGCAAGAAUCGCGCGCGUCCCGCUCUCGUGCGAUUUCCAAGGUCGUAACGCUCUUCAAAAAGCUAGAGGUCGACGUUCUCACCCGCUGGCGUGAGGCGCAGAAGCGAGUAAUGGAAACCGACGAGUGGCAAGAAGACGAGGAGUUGCGCAAACUGCCUAUGCUAGACAUCCUUCUUGCUUUCGAAGACUAUAGCCGUGUGCGCGAGCGAGAAUUUGAGGAGCAGAUGCGCAGGGCCCAAGUCGAGAAGGCACGCAAGGAACGCAAGGCCAGGGAAGGGUUCAAGGUCGGUUCGCUAAAAUCCACUUCCAUAUAUGCAUGUCUGACGUGCUCAAUUGUGCAGGAGCUCCUCAAGGGACUGACUGACUCUGGCAAUAUUAAGGCUCGCACCAAGUGGAAAGAGGUAUAUACUCUCUUCUCGAAGGACAAACGCUACCUCGACAUACUCGGCAACCCUGGUUCGAACCCUCUUGAGCUCUUUUGGGACACUGUCGAUGGCCUUGAUCAGAAACUUGACACCAAGAUCGCUGCUAUCGAGGCUGCCAUCAAGCGUCACAACGAGGACCUGCCCAAUCCACCACCUGAGAAAGAGACUGGGGCUGAGGAUGAGCAGCAGAACGGGGAAGCGUCUCAAUCAUUCAGGUUUACACCGGAAACGACGAAGGAGCAAUUCCUCAACGUUGUCAAGGGCGAUGAGGGUGUACGUGCACUGUCAACGGAUGACCUGGAGGGAAUUUUCAUCACUAUGCACGAACAAGCGGUCAAGCGCCAGUCUGACGAGAAGCGUCGCGCGGAGAGGCGGCAGCGCCAUUUGCAGGACGACCUUCGUUAUGCUCUCAAGAAAAUGGCCGAGCCUGUUGACAUCAAUAAGUCUUACGAAGAGGUAGCACCUCUUAUACAAGACCUUCCGGAAUUCAAGGCCUUGGAAGACGAGGGCCGGCGUGCUGCUUUCGGCAAAUUCAUCAAGCGGCAAAAAGACCGCUUGCGCGAACGUGAGCGGGAGGCUUCGGAGGACGGCGGUUCCACAACCAGCCGCAAGCGCAAGGACCCGCGUGAUACUCAUGAUGACGACCGUGAAAGGGAGCGAGAUCGUGCGCGGUCCAAGGACAGGGAGCACCGAGACCGAGAGAGAGACCGAGAUGAGCGCGACUCUCACCACGAGCGCGAGUCCCGCAGCUCCCGGCGGCACCACAAGCACGACGACUACGAAAAAGAACCGCGUCGCGGGUCACGGGAUCAUUCACGAGACCGCGGCUAUUCCGAGGACCGAGGCCACUACAAGGAGAAGGACAGGGACCACGAUCGUGACUACUACAAGUCUUCGAGGUCCCACCGAGACUAUGAGCGGGACGAUAAGCGGCGCCGAGGUUCGCGAGCAGACUACGAUGGGUAUUCUCGUGACUGGGACGAGUCCUACCCAGCGGAGACUUUACCUUACCACGAGCGCGAACGUAGUGAGUCGGUCUACAGAGAAGAGCGCGACCCAAGGGAGAAGCGUGAACGCCCAGCGUACGACGACAGACUUUAUGAAGAGCGAGCUGAAAAGCGUCCCCGCUACGAUGCCCCUGAGGCACCCCCAUCGGAGCCAGAGCGGCCGCAGGAGCCACCUACCAGGGCAGAAACUCCAGAGGAAGGCGAGAUUUAGCAUUGCUGUGAGACAUCUUGUAAGUAGCGUGUACGCUAUGUAUGUUUCCACUGAAUAUGGCCAAAAAUCCCAUAUGUCCAUAUACUGCAAAUAAAAUGGUUUAUGCUUGGGGCUCUACGACGUCUAUAGGACCGAUGCGAAGACGAGUGUAUGUCUGCUUGUGUUUGAUGGUCUUCUGGUAACCCUUUCGUCGUUUCUUCUUGAAGAUAACCUCCAUCUUGCCCUUGGUGUGCUCGACGACGGUCGCAUCGACCUUGACCUGCCCCGGCGGAAUGACGGGGCUGCCGCGAAGCGUGAACUCACGUGAACCAACUUCGUGGAUCUCGGAAAGCGCAAGUACGUCGCCAACGCGGACGUCCUUCAAGCGAGGGACGGUGAGGAGGUCGCGUGGCGCCAGAAGAUAUUUGCGGCCUGCAACAGAGGCGACGACAUAGCGCGAGGGUUGGCUACUGACGGCAGAGAGGGCGUUAGAAACCGAGGAGGUGGGAGCAGCAGUGGUUUGAAUGGUUUGUGCGUGAAGUGCUCGGCUUGCAAUUUGACGGAACGCUGUACACGGGCAUAUGCAUCAUGCGAGGAGGCCGCAUCGAAACAGAGGGCACACUUACGUCUAAAGAACGUCGCCAUCACUUUUAGAGUCGCGUUGAACGCCUUGCACGACGUCGAAGGACGCGAG